AUGCCAAAUAAACAACCUAAAAAGAGUUAAAAGAAAAAGAAUUAAAAAAAAUAGCCAAAACAAUACUAAUCAAUUGAUAAUUAAGUAAACAAUACUAUUUAAAAACCUCAACAAAUAAAAUUCAGAGAAUAAGAGCAACAUUUAAUUUAAAAAUUCAUAAAUUCUAAUGAUGAAUAUAAAAUAUUACUUUUGACAGGAUAACAAGGAACAGGUAAAACUACUUUGAUUCAUUAAUGUACUAAAUAAUGGAGAAUAAAGAAGUACAAAAUUAUAUAUACAAAUGCUAUGGGAUUUUAAAAUUAUAAAGACGUUAUUUAAUAUUUAUCAAAACAAUUAUAAUUACGAUAUAUUAAUACUCAUGAAGAUUUCAUAAAGAAAUUACAAAAAUAAACAUCAAUCAAACAGUAAUAUCAAAUUUUAUGAUAAUUUAGGAUUAUAAUUUUUGAUGAAUUUGAAAAUUUAUUUAAUGGAAAUUAAGUUGAAACUUCAUAAAUAUUUUAAUUAUCUAAAUAUACUCAUCUUAUAGGAAUUUGUAAUAAUAUUGGAUUUUUAGAUAUGCAAUCAAAUAAAUAAUAAAUAAAAGUACCUCCCUAUUAGAAUAUUAUAUUUGAGCCUUAUACUUUGAAUUAAGUAUAAGAAUUAGUAAAAGAUAUUCUUAAAACAACUGAAUAAACGUAAUUGUUAUAAUUAUAUGUUAAAGGUAAUUUGAUUAGAAUGCUGUUAAAUUAAUAAUAUCUAAAACCUACAAUUAAAAAGGGGGAGAUAUGAGAUAAAUUUAAGAAAUUUUGAAUAAAAUAAUUAGAAAUGCUGAAGAAGGUUUGAAUGAAAAUCAAGAUAUAAAUUUAAAUAGAUUUGAUUCUGAUAUGAAAGGAUGUGUUGAAUCUUUAGCUUUAAAUUAAUAAUUAAUUUUAAUAGGAUUGAUGGUUUUGUUAAAAUAAAAUCCAAUUGAUUUAGAAAUUGAUAUGCAAGAUUUAAUAAGGAAAGUUAAUGAAAUUAAAUAUAAAAUGAAUUUUCAAUUAAAUGUAGAUUUAGAGGAAGAAAUAAUUCAAUUAAAGAAUUACAAUGUUUUUGAUAUACGAGAAGUAAUCUAAGAAUAAAUGAACUUUAAAGUAAAAAUAAAAAAGGUGAAAUGUAAAUUUACAUCUGAUGAAUUGAAAUAUUAAUUAUCUGAUCUUGAUGCUAUUAAAAACAUUUUACAAUAAUUAUGA